UCGGGGCCGCGCCCAGCCUCUAUCGGAACUCGCGGACGCGCUGCAGGUAAACCACAGGUGUGUUGUUCAGCAGUUUGAAGGAGACUCAGCCUGGACCAUGCAAUCGUGAAGAAAAGUUUCUGUUGAAGAUGGAUGAGAACAACUUUUAAAGGAGAAGCUGAUUUUGUUCUCACCUCAACUGAUUUCUCUCAUUUGGACUGUGAAGUUGGAUGGAUUGAUUGAUAUUCACAUCAAUUUGGAUUACUGUGAGGGGGGCUGUUUUCUUUUUUUUUUUUUUUUCACAAUGGAUUUAAGCAUUACCAGAAGAGCAGGAGUUUUACUCAUCAUUUUCACGUUUUCAAGUCUUCUGUAUGGCUCCAGAGGGGAAAUCCCCUCCAAACCAGCCGCCAGUGUCACGAUUCUGCCCCCAGUUAAACCUGAUAAUGGCCCUCAGGCCUUUCCAGACUCGGACAAGGCUAAUAUGCCAGUGUUUACAAUGGAUUACCCAAGAAUACAGAUACCAUUUGAGAUCACUCUUUGGGUGCUGCUGGCUUCCUUCGCAAAGAUUGGUUUCCAUGUGUACCACAAGAUGACCUACUGGGUGCCAGAGUCGUGCCUCCUGAUCACCAUUGGUCUCAUUGUGGGUGGCAUCAUGCACUCUGUCCACGAGGAGCCCCCCGCUGUGCUCUCCAGCAACGCCUUCUUCCUCUACAUGCUGCCCCCCAUUGUCCUGGACUCGGGCUACUUCAUGCCCACCAGGCCUUUCUUUGAGAACAUCGGCACGGUGCUGUGGUUUGCGGUGGUGGGGACGCUGUGGAACAGCAUCGGCAUCGGCAUGUCUCUGUUCGCCAUCUGCCAGAUCGAGGCGUUUGGCGUGCAGGACAUCAACCUCCAGGAGAACCUGCUGUUCGCCACCAUCAUCUCGGCCGUAGACCCCGUGGCCGUGUUGAGCGUGUUCGAGGACGUGUCCGUGAACGAGCAGCUCUACAUCGUGGUGUUUGGGGAAUGCCUCUUCAAUGAUGCUGUCACUGUGGUGUUGUACAACAUGUUCAACUUUGUGGCGGAGAUGCCGGUGGUGGAGCCGGUAGACGUUUUCCUUGGGGUGGCGCGGUUCUUCGUGGUCGGGUUCGGCGGGAUGGCCUUCGGCAUCCUGUUUGGCUUCGCGGCCGCCUUCACCACAAGAUUCACCUCCAAGGUCCGAGAAAUUGAGCCGCUCUUCAUAUUCAUGUACAGCUACCUGGCCUAUCUGGUGGCCGAACUCUUCGCCAUCUCAUCCAUCAUGGCCAUUGUGACCUGUGCCCUCACCAUGAAGUACUACGUGGAGGAGAAUGUGUCCCAGCGUUCCUGCACAACCAUCCGCCAUGUGGUCAAGAUGCUUGGCUGCAUCUCCGAGACCCUCAUCUUCUUCUUCCUGGGGGUCGUCACCAUAACAACGGACCACGAGUGGAACUGGGGCUACAUCCUGUUCACAUUGCUGUUUGCUUUCAUAUGGAGGGGUCUGGGUGUCUUGGUGCUGACUCAGAUCAUUAACCCUUUCCGCACCAUCCCAUUUAACAUGAAAGAUCAAUUUGGUCUGGCCUACGGUGGUCUGCGAGGUGCAAUUUCAUUCGCCUUGGUCUUCACCCUUCCUGAGAACAUCGGCCGCAAGCAGCUCUUCGUCACUGCCACCAUUGCUAUCAUCCUCUUCACUGUCUUUCUUCAGGGCAUCAGUAUUCGACCUUUGAUUGAGUUCAUCAAUGUCCGCAGAACCAACCGCAAUCUUGACACCAUCAACGCCGAGAUUCACUGCAGGCUCAUUGAGCACACCAUAGCUGGCCUUGAGGACCUUUGUGGACAGUGGAGCCACUUCUACUGGAAGGACAAGUUUAUGAAGUUCAACAAUCGAGUCCUGCGGAGGAUCCUGAUCCGAGACAACCGGGCCGAGUCCAGUAUCGUGGCGCUGUAUAAGAAGCUGGAGCUGCAGAACGCCAUGGAGAUCCUGGACACGGUGUCUGGAGACAUCAGCGCUGCUCCGUCCAUCGUCUCUCUCUAUGAGGAAAAGAAAAGCUCUGCUAAACCUAAGAAGAAGUUCCAGGCUCCUGACCUGAAGAACAUGCACGACAUCCUGUCCAAGAACAUGUACAAGAUCAGGCAACGGACGGUGGCAUACACAACUAAGCACGCCCUGCCCAACGACAUCCACACCAGAGAGAUAUUGAUAAGACGUCACGCCAGCAUCCGCCGCAGCCUCCGACCUGGCAGCUUUCAGUCAUCGGUCGUGCCCAAAUCCCAAAAAUACUUCUCUCUUCCUGCUGGGAAAAAUCUGGACUCCAAAUUCCCUCCUGCGAGGCAGAGCUAUACAGAUGAGCAGGAAACCAUGUCAGAGGUGGCCUACCCCUCCAGACGCUCUCGGUUCAGCCAGCCCGCUCGCUCCUCCUCCUCCAGGGCCAUGAUGCCUCUACGCAGGCUGGACACCCUAACGGAGGCGCCCUCUGUCGACAAACUGGAUGAAAGCUCAGGGGAGGACAGAGGCAGGUCGGGACGCAGCACGUCCAGAACAAACUCCUCCUCCAGUGACAUUCCUGCUCCUCGCCGUCACCUCCACUCCUCCAUUGACGUUGACAGCGGCUCAGCUGAUAACUUUAGAAACGGGCAUCAUGAAGCAGCAGAAGAAGAGCAGCAGCAGCCUUUGCCUCCACCUCCAGCCUGGGCUGUUGAACCCAGAGACGCCGCAGCACAAAACCCUCUGCUCAGGCGGCCUCAGUGGAACCCGAAGAAGGUGUAAAAAUGUCCCUGGGCUUACAAGAGCAGCUGGACUGCCACGGUCUCAGGUCCUCAAGCAGCGCUACGGUCUCUACAUUUGUUUGUGUGUUCAUACCAUUCAAAGACAAAGUAAAGUAACACUGGAGGUCCAGUCUUUUCUUAUUGGAGGUGAAACAUCCUCCAACAUGAGCCAACAUGGACAGUAAUACCUUGAAGACAGAGGCCACAUCUGAAGCACAGUGCACUAUAAUGAAGGAACUUUAUAAUAACUGUCAACAGUGAGUCAUUCUGUUAUCUGUGCAGUUAUUUUACCUAUUCACAUCAAUGUGAUUUUCAAUACGUUUUAUCCCCCUGUAGGAUUUUUAAAGACAAUGUAAUUUAAACUAUUUUAUUUUAAGUAAUUAUUUCUCUGUCUCUAGAUGUAAAUAUUAUACUUUUUUUGUACGUUGUUGCCUAUUGUGUUCGUGUGAGAGAUGUUUUUUUUAAUAUAGACCAUCUUAGUUUAACAUGAGGAACUAUUGCUGUGCAGUACAAAGUACUCUUUGGACUAACUGGAGGCCUUUUGUAUGAUUGUUAUACCUCACACAUCUGGGCCCACUUUAUAAUUUGUUUUCUUUUUCUGUAAUAAAUUGUCUAUGUUGUUGAAAGCUGUCAUCAAGCAUCCUCAAUCAAACUGUGUAUACGUUUAUAAAUGUGGCCCUGAAGGCACCGCCCAUUGAGGAAGAGAAGAUGGGAAGUAUGUUCAGUCUGUAUGACGGAGUUGAAUGCAACAUUCAAACUGCAGCAUUGAUUUCAGUGUUUCAUAUACAACUCAAGACUCUCAUA